UGGUUUCCAGUAGAUAGUUCAAUAGCAUUUUAUCAUGCUGCAGUGAAUUUCUAUAGAUAGUUCAAUAUUAAUGUUUUAGUAUGCAAGCUGUAAUGUAUUCCAGGACAACUUUUCAAAUUGGUAUUAUCGAAAAUAUUAUAGUUUUCUGAUAAUUCAUUGUACCAGUUAUUGGUUGACAGUUUUAACUGUUCACAAUUCUAAUGAUUUUUUUUAUGGAUUAUGCUUAAUGAUUAUUUCCCUUUGUUACCCUCCUGCAGUAUGGAUUUCCCCGUGAAUGGCCUCUAGAUAUUGAUAGCUAACGGUAACACAGCUGGAGUCAUUCAAGUGAUAAGGGAAAACUAUUGAGCCAUAGUACGGUUGUUAUGCUUGAAUUAUAGAUCGGCCAGACUCUGUACAUGCUAUUGAUUCUGCUGGCAAAAAAUACACGCAUCGCUGCAUUUCUUAAAGGAAGGGAAAUUUAUGGCACGAUUGAUGUAGAAGUGUGACCUUGACAGAAAAUGUGAAGAAUUUACAAGCAGGCUUUAUGAAGAGAAAAGAACGUACCUUAUAGAACUUAUGUUUCUCUCAGGCAUUCCUUAAAACAUUAUCAAGAAUGACUGACAUAAUCAUAAAACCUGCGGUGCCGGUAAAGGAGGAAGACGAAGACGAUGACAUUAUCACUAUUGAACUUUCUCCCUCUGCAGUGAAGAGUAUUCCUGUGGGAGAUAACUCUGAAGACAUGAAAAGUGAAAAUGGCGAACAGAAAACAUUAACUCCCCUGUCAGCGGCAGAGACCUCGGUUGAAGCUCCGAUUAUAACAUCUAGUCCAGCUGUUACGACAAUUUCCGUGGGAGAAGCUCCACAGAUUUUACAGCCUGUGACCUUGACCUCAGAUGAUGGGUCGACGGUUACCUUGGCAACACCUUUAGUAACAGGGACACCAGUGACUGGAGCACAGUUUGUGGCACCAUUGACUGCUAAUUAUCAGUUACUGUUACAACAGCAAUACAUUAACUUCCUACAUCUUCAACAGACUAUGCUACAGCAACAACAACAGCAGCAGCAACAACAACAACCUCAGGUUGUCAACGUCCUUGACCUUUCCAAGGAAACUGAAGGUCAAGUUAAAACAACAGUUUUUCCGAUUGAGGUAAAGAAAAUGGAGGCAACAACAGUGACUGUUUCCAAUGGUGACAGUGGUAGUCAAGCAUUUUCACCUGUGACGGUUCCCAUAGUGAUAGAGGAGGGAACCAGUGAGCUUGAUGCAAAGAAAAAGGCGGAAUUAGAAAAUGCUAGAAAUGUAAACCAGUAUGGCAGAGAGUUCACCAAUGGGCGCCCACUACCUGACCACCUCCGGGUCCAGAUAUUACAACUGGCCCUCCAGGGGAUCAGACCGUGUGAGAUCAGCCGGCAACUUCAGGUCUCUCAUGGCUGUGUUAGCAAGAUUUUAAACAGAUACCGGAAGACCGGAAGUAUAAAUCCCGGUCAGAUUGGCGGAAGCAAACCGAAGGUGACCACGGCUGAUGUUGUUGCUAAGGUCAGAUUCUACAAGGCGCAAAAUCCACAGAUGUUUGCAUGGGAAAUCCGACAAAAACUGUUAGAGGAAGGGAUCUGUAAUGAGAAAAAUAUUCCAAGUAUUAGUUCAAUAAAUCGUAUAAUCCGAGACAAGGCCAUCUUACAGCGUCGCAGUCUCGACAGUGCGACCAGUCUUGACAACCUGACGUUGCCGACGUAUUCUGUGUCAACUAGUGACCAGGAAGAGAAUUUGGACAAUAUACCCCUCUAUCACCGUCAAAAUCAGUUGGAUGAAGCCAUCCAGCGCAUGUUGGACAGCGAGGGUGUUCAGAAACUUAUAACGGGACCGUCGUCUGUGGCGACAACAUUGUCAACUGCAGUGUCGAAAGACAGUCAAAGUGAGGUGAACACUACGAGAGCGAAAUCACCACUGUCACAGGCAAUGUUACAAAUUCAUUCGCCUGACUCUGUGCCGGAUAUAAAUAUCGGAGAGACUGUCGUGCUGCAGAUGGAAGAAGGAAGAGCCACGUUGAUUGCUCAUCCUGAUAACGGACUUUUAUUACAUAAGCAAGCAGACGCUGUUUCUGUUCAAAAAUCAUCGUCAAAUAGUGACAGUGACGAAGUGUUCGAUAGGGAUAAAGAAGAGGUAAAAGGCGAUGGAAAGUCGCAACCCACAUUGCAUUCAGUCAUCUCAAACUUGAUAAGUGCACAGGUUGUUAAUUUAAAUCGGGAAGAGAAUAAGAUUGUUGAUUCAGAAUCGGCUUCGAAAAUGGAAACAGAGGCUAAAAAGGUGGUGCCGGAAUAUGUUGCAAUGAAACAAGAUGCAGACCUGUUGAUGAAAUCUGGGAUUGUCGUGGAAAAUAAGGGAAGCCCUGCCACUGGAAAUGGAAACAUAAUCACAAAAGGAAGUAUUUCGCCAACACUUUCAGUAGGAAAGGGAAGUAGCACAAGCAAUGGAAAGGCAGCUAACUCUCCAAAGCAAAGAAAAUCUCAAUCAGGGGAGUUAAUUGUACCGCAGCCAAAUGUAUCUCAUAUCCUAGGAGGGCAGGUUUCUAGUGGCUCUCCUGUCACUGCUGUAACCCCGCCUACUGUUGUUCAUGAGAGGAAAAAGUCACACAGAGGAGCGUCGAAACUACCACACCCAGCAUUCAAUAUUCCGGUUACCACUCUUGAUAAGAGAAAUGCGGGAGUAUAUAACUACAAUCUACCAGAUCGAGGAUUAGGUUCAAUGAAUUCUUCGCCAGGGCCACUUUCAGCUUCACCUCCGAUUUCAGCUUCUCCACGUUUUCCUGCUACUGCUUCGACUGCCAUACCAGGAGCUGUUUUAGGUUUCAUGUCUCCAUCUUGGCCUUUACAGCGUCCACUAGGCCAUAGUCCAGUAUCAAAUGAUAGCCAUAGUUCAGGAUCUCCUUUAGAUUUGUCUCACGUGAGAGAGGCAUCGCCACAUUUGACAAAUAAAGUUAAUGAAACAGCUUUGGCAGCAUCUGGAAAAUCCGAUGUUAAACAACAGUCGUCACCAAAAGAUGCACCUGUUAAUGAAACGCUACAACAACAACAACAAGCUACGGCUCAGAAUUUGAAGGUUGUUACAAUACAGGCAGUUCCAGUAACAAACGAGCAUUCUAACUUAUUAAAUGGUGAGGAUGAGCGGAAAACAUUACAAUCAUCAGCUGCUGCUUCAAAAGUUCCGUACACGCAGGAAAUGUUGUACCUGUUUGACAAAGAGUUAGAAAUAGUAGCUGUUGGUAAAAAUAAGUGGAUCAUACGAAAUGAAAAUGAAUUAGUCAAUGUGGUUAAGAAGAAAUCUGAUGUUGAGCAGAACAGUGUUCAAAGUGGGUGCUCAAACUGUUCGGACGACUCUGACAGUGGUAAAAGUGUGUCAAGUCAAAAUGGAAGCAGUCCAAAUGGCACAGAGGUAAACAAAAGACAAAUUGACCUUGAGUCUGACCUUCAGAGGUCAAAGGUCACUAAAUUAGUGAAUGGAGACAUUCACAGCAGCAGUGCGGGAAGUGUUCAGAAUAAAAGUGCUUCGCUUUUGUCAACACCAGAAGGUGAAAUGGUUACAAAUAGUACAGAUAGUGGAAAUUCAGGAGAAAAUUCUGUUUCCAUGGAAACCUGAAACAGUUUGUUAUUUUAAAUAUAUUUAGUGACUUUUAGAAGAUUGAUGUUUUGAAAAAACAGAAAUUUUGACUUCAUAGACUGAUCAUAUGUUUGCUUUGCUUAUUGACAAAGAUUGUAAUCGAAGCUUUUUUCAAGCUUACAUUUUUUUUGGGCCACAGGCUUGUUUAUUUCAUUUACUAUUACUUUGCAUUAUUUCUGAAUUUUGCAUUUUUUUUAGAAGUUUGAAAUCAUUAUUACUGUUAAUUUAUUUUUCAAUUUCAUUGAAAGUGUAAUUGUUUUAUUGUUGUUGAGUUCACUUGAUUUAAUUAUAAUGGUUUUAGUGAUUGAUGAAUUAUAAAUUUUGGAAUUUUUUAAUGAAGGAAAUUGUUUCGGUAGAUGUUUUAUUGCAGUUUUUUGUUUGCAGUAAAUAGUUGAUUAUUAAACAGAUUUUAAUCUGUUUCAGCAUUAUUGAUAAUAAUUAGUAAUUACGUAAUUGGUGAUUUUGUUAAAGUAACAAAUCAACAGGUACAUGCAGAUUUUUAUGAAUAUUUAUCAAGUGUUGUAGGUAGUAAAUAUUGUUGGGUGAUUAAAUAAAGUGAGUUAUGGGAGCUGUAGG